AUGGAUCUCUUGUAUACUGUCACUCGUAAAUCAUCAACAAAAUCAUUUUUCAACAAUGAAAGCCUUUUAGAUGGAAAUUGUUUAUGUACAAUAUCAAGCCGCAAUAUUGCUGCUUAUACAACAACCGUACUGUUUGAUGAUGUUAAUGGAAAAACAUGGGGUUCUCAUAUUUAUGUUUGUGAUAUUAAUAUGCCAACUCAUGCUCACAAAGUCACUUCAUUCCGAUUUAAUCCGAUAACUGCCAUCGAAUGGGAUUUAUCGGGAGAUAAGUUAGUAAUAGCUGAUCGUGCUGGCAAUGUAGAAUUAUGGAUGUUUAAAGAAUACAUUUUAAAUGAUUUAGUUUUAAUUGGAUCAGCAUCAUUUCCUGGAGAACACAUUCUUGGUGCUGUUUGGUUUCAUAAUGGCAAAAAGACGGCAUUGGUCACUGAAAAAAAAGACAGUAUUCAUUAUAAUGAAAAAUUUAACAAUCUUCCAUUUGCGCCUUCGGUACGUCAAUUUGGUAGUAGAGCCGCAGAAGGUGUUUUAGUAGUAUCAAGUACAGGAAUGGUAGCUUCUGUUAUGAUAACCAAAGACCUACAAAAUCCAGUAUGUCACGCGACUGAAAGCUUGGGAAAUAUUCGUCAAAAAAUAAAAAAAGUCGACAUUUGUUACGGAAAAAAUGGUCACUUUUUAAUAGCCGUAACUAGUGGAAUUUCUAGUUAUCCAAUAAGAUGUUAUCGCGUAUUAGUUCGUAAAAGUUCUGAUGAUAAAUGCAGCAUAACAUCACAAGCAUUGCCAAGUUUUUUUCUACAAGACGGUGCAUUGAAGGAUAGCUGUACAGAUAUAACCCACAUUAAAUUUGUAGUACGUGAGGAUGCUGAUUCGUUGGUUGUUGCAGCAAGCGGUGAAACAGAGUCAUUUGUUGACGUUUGGGAAUUGCGUGAAAAAUCUCAGCCUGUUCACAAAUCAUUUCAGCCGAAAAAUUUAGAGUCUUUUAAAACAGUUGUCUGGCAACAUCAAUCACAGUAUCGUUGUCAAUCACCGGUAAUAGCAAUCGCAACGACAAAAGUCUCUAUUGUAACUACACUACCACCACCAAGUUCUGUUAUAAUAGCUCUGGCUGAUUCAACAAUUCAUUAUUUGACACGUGAUUCCUUGAAACAAGUCGCACUGUCGUCAUUAAACAUGGCCUCUCCGGCGUGUUGGCGCCAAGAUGAUCAACAGCAGCAGCAGCAGCAGCAGCAGCAGCAGCAGCAACAGCAGCAGCAGCAGCAGCAACAGCAGCAGCAACAGCAGCAGCAACAGCAGCAGCAACAGCAGCAACAGCAGCAGCAACAGCAGCAGCAACAGCAACAGCAACAGCAACAGCAACAGCAACAGCAACAACAACCAUGUGCCAAAUAUUUAAAAACAUCCGUAACAAUAUCACACAUUGAUAUGUCCUGGCUGGGAUUUGUAUUGCUUGCUUGUGAUACUCAGGGUAAUAUUUAUGUUUACAGACUGAUGCCCGAUGGUGGUACGACAAUUACUUUGAAUUACGCUUGCACAAUGCUGGAAUACUGUUUAAUCACCGGAACAGAUUGGUUGGAUUUAUUGUUUUGCUUGAGAUCGUCAAUGAUUGAAACUUUGUGUGAAAGAUUUGAUGCCUCGUUUAAUCGUCAAUCUCAACCAACUCAGCAAUAUCACUAUAUACAAUUUUUGUGUAUUAAAACAUCACUUUACAGAAUGUUAGUUACCGGUCAAAACAGAGCUGCUGAUUUAUCAUCUUUAUUAAUGAUACACAGCAUUGCUACUGCAUUUAAAUCUCUGUUAAGACCGUCUGAUUUAACGUCUUUGAAUGAAAAAGGACCUGUUGAAUGUUUGGCUGCUGUUAUCAAUGAAACAACUAUUGAUAUUGAUAAAGUUUUGUGCAUACUAGAUCCUAAAAAAGAAUUUACUGUUGAACCGAGCACUUUACAAUCAUUGAGACAAUUGAUACAGUGGGUCGCUGAUUUAACUCUUAAUUUACUUGCUCGACUUCCUGAACAACGACUGCAAACCAAACCCGGUGGUUAUGAACUUUUGAAAGACUACAAAGCUUUAAAUAAUGUCAGAGAAUUGUUGGUAUUGAUAAGAAUUUGGGGAUUAUUGAGACCAUCUUGCUUGCCAGUAUUCUUUCGCAGUGCUGAUAAUCUUGAUGUAUUGGUAUUAUUGUUCCGCUUAUUAUCAAAACUGGUACAAUCUAGUGGUGAUACAUCACGAUUAGACGACGGUCUUAUUGAUGACUGUUGUUUACUACCAAAUCAAAUAAUGAUCCCACAAUUACACCAAGCUAACAGUAUAACAGCAAUCGCAUCUCCAGUGUUAUUUUAUCAAAGUCUUCCAUUGCAAUUAGAAUUCAACACCGAGCCGGAACAUUUGUUAUUUGUACCAGAAUUAAAUCAAAUUGAGGGGUGUAUGCAUAGUGGCCAAAGUGUUGAUAUUAUUCGGCAUGUUUAUUUGGGUAAACAACCGCUUGUUGUUAAACAGUGUACCAGAUGCGGAGGAAAAGCUCAAGUACUAAAUAUGACUCGCACUGCUGCAAUAAGAGCCUGGGACUUGCGUUGGGCACGGUCAUGUCGCUGCGGUGGAAUAUGGAGGAUACAUAAAGUAUCAUCGUAA